GUAUGAAGUCAACUCCCAACUCAUCGUGAGUUAGCAAAACUCCUGCUAAUUCUCGAAUUUGAAAGCGCUUUCAUUAGAAGCAUGGACAAACCUUCGUCUUCAAAUGAAGAUACGUGUAGCGGCACGAAAGACAAGUUUGGUUUCACAGUGGAUUUUUCCUGGGGGGUUAGUUCCCUGCGGCAGUGCGCUGGUUUUCCGGCUCGCGUUCUGGACCCAGAGGACCAGAAAUCCUACAUGUGCAUGUAUGUUGCACCUCUUGGGGCCCUUGUAGUGUGCUGGGACAUUACAACAAGGCAGAGAAGGUACUCAUUUCAAGCUCACAGUGAUUUGAUAACUGUAAUGCUUCAUAACAUCCAUCUCAACGCUGUUUUCACGGCAUGUUACAGUGGAGAAAUCAAACUCUGGAGUCCAACAUGGGAACUGCUCGUGAACAGCAAAACGAAAGUGGGAGAGGUUCAUUUUGCAGAUUGGUCCAAAAAUGGUGACCGAAUUUUACUCUGUGGCGGAGAAGAUUCUGCUGUGAUUGUGUACGAUCUCGCUAAAUGUGACUCAAAGUGGGAAAUUCAAGAAAGGUGGAUUGUUACCCCGCAAACGACGAAGAAUUCUCCAGACAAAGCAAUUGAGAACUUUGUUCAAACUGAUUCAGUGGGCAAAAAGGGUAACCCAGGCAGCUCUACAUACGUAGAGCAGAAAGAUUACUACGACAUGGCAAUUUUUGCACCUCAAAACAAGGUUAUUGCACUUCUUCAAAGGCACCAUAAUAACUUUAGCGAGGCUCAUUUGUACUCAGGGAGUGGUAACUUUUUGAAAUCCCAAAUUUUAGAUCCCCUUGGAGACGCAAAGGCAUCAUUGCUGUGUCUAUCCCCAUGCCACAAUGGGAUCUUUGCUGUAGGAUUCCAGGGAGGGAUCUUUCUUCUUCUUGAUGAAAAGGACCUGUCAGUCACAUCAAUUCUUCAAGCUACAGGCUCGGCCCAGGUAACCUUGUGGCAUGGGAACUGCCUCCUCACAGUAUCCUACCUGUCUGGAAUUUUCUCAUGGUGGACAUCCGGUGGUGAACUUGUCCAUGAAAUCCGUGGUGGUCCCAAAGGUUCUAUUAUCCACCUCAACUGGGCAGAACCAGGAAAAGAGUUAUGGGUGGGUGGAAUCAUGUCACUCCAUUAUGUCUCCUUGGAAUACAACAAUCCCGAGGAGAAAUUUCCUGUCCAAGUUGAGGAGCAACACAGCAUCAAAUUCCUUGAAGUCACAGGAUGUGGUGUUGCAGUAAAUGAUAAAAACCUAGUACUGGCAGGAGAUUUUACUGGGAACAUCUGUGUUUGGCAGCAAAGUAAGACUGAUCCAGUUUUCCAAACCAAAUAUGAAAGUGCCAUUAGAUGCCUCACAUGGAACAAUAGCUAUGCUUUCAUUGGCUGCCUUGAUGGCAAUCUUUUAACAUGGCUUCCUGGAAGUGAUCUCUGUCCCCAUAUUGCUUUAACCUGCAUUGGUGGUGUUUUAACAAUGGCAUGGUCACAUGAUCUCAGUAGCUUGGCCAUUGGUCUGGACACAGGAAAUUUAUGCCUCUAUAGAUUUCAACCAGUCAACUCAUCAGAGCCUGAGGAAUUGCUUAAUGUUAGAGCCCAUUCUAUCAGGAGGGAUGGACAAGAGAUGGCAGCUGAGAUCUGGAGUGUUUGUUGGAGUCCAUGUGGUUCAAUGAUUGCAACUGCAUCCGAAGAUCAGACAGCUUGUGUGUGGAAUUCUGCCAAUGGUCUGAAAAUUGACACACUCACUGGUCACACUACUGCAGUGACAUCAAUAGACUGGAAGGAAAUGGUCAAUGGUCAACUGUUAUUGGCCACCUGCGCUGACGACAGGACAGUACACAUAAGGGAUGGAGUUACAUUCAAAAUGAAGUAUUUGCUUGACACAAAAGACAUCCAUGGCUGGUACACGCUGACCUACUUGAGCCUAAAUCCUGUUAAAAAUUGGUGUCUCUGCUCAACGCAAAAUGGCCGUUUGGUUCUCUGGGAUUGCCUGAGUGGUGAGCGACUUGGAUGCCGCAAAAUGCAUGCUGGAUCCAUUGAAGGAUUGGUGUGGAACAAGGAUUACACUUUGUGUGCCACUGUGAGUUCUGAUUGUGUAGUGAACAUGUUUAGGGUCAAUGAAGUACACUGCAAAUUGUGAUGACAAAAUUGCAUGUUGUACACAUGUAUCAGUUGCUGUGCUUGAGAAAUUGAACACAAUUGUAGUAUGUAUGUACCAUUACUGGAAUCAACUUAAUGCUUAAAAUAAGUUUAAUGAAAUAUUAUAGUGUUUUCAAUCAGGCAAUAGUCUCUUGUAAAGCAAUCAGACAAUGAAUUUGUUUGUACCCAACAUUUAGAUAGACGCGUUUAGUUUAACCAAUAAUCAAAAAGAAAACUUUAAAAGAGUAUGGGCUGCCCAAUAUAACCAUAAGAGGCAGCCAUACUUAAGGAAAAAUAAUCAAUAUAUAUUUAAUGGUCAGGUACUUACUGUAGUAUGUGUACAGAACACAGGCCCAUGCACACUACACAGAAAAGCAACUUUCACUUUUUUUAAAGAAGUAAGAAUAAUAAUUUCCUUCAAAGCCAGAAAUAACUAGAGCUAUUAUCAAAAAACUUGUUUUCAAUGUUAAAAGAUAGUGGCUUAAUGCCAUUGUUAAUAUUUUUUCAAACGUUUGCAACACAAGACCACCCUGUGUAAAGCUGAGUGUAGUGGAAUAAAACAGUCGCAAUUACAAUAGCAAUCAAGACAUGAAGGUAAAUGAAUGACUGGUCAACAGCUGUUCAUGAACUGCCCUACAUGCAUAUUUUCAUGCUAAACCUUAGUGCAGUGUAUAAUUAUGUACAAAUUGCACUUCACAUUCUGCCACGACUGCCAAAACUUUACAGUUACAGUUUACAUUUACAGUGUAUGUGCAUGAUGAAACAUACAUGUACCAAGAAACUACAAAGGAACUUACAACUAGGAGGAUAGUUUAAGAAAUUACAUAUUUCGAGAUCCUACAAACCUGUAUAUUUUUAUUGUUCUCGUAUCCUAAAUAUAACGCAUAGAGCUUUUUAUAAUAUAGGUUUAGAUGAUGUUAAUAGUCUAGUUGUUAAYAACGCUUCUUCUUAUAGUCUUAGGAAAUCGUUAAAUGUUGUUGUAUCUAGGCCAAGAACUGAACAGGGCCGUCGUUCAUUUAAACACAGAGCUGCAAUUGCCUGGAACUCUUUACCUGACUCUGUCAAACAGCUUGAAAACCCUCUUUCUUUUAAAAGGAAGAUAAAAUUGAUCAAGACCUAUGUCAGAGACAUCAGUUUCCAAAAGGAAUGCUCUGUAAAUUAUAAUAAGA